GUAAGAAAACAAAGUAUCUUUAUCUUAUAACAAUGUCUCUUUCACAUACUUUCAUCUUUCUCUUCUCCAUUAUCACACUCAUAAUUUCCAAUGGAGUUUUCUCACAACAAUCCAACAUCAUAUUACCCUCCGAACAACAACGAAACACCGAAAAACUAACACAUAUCCACUUCUACUACCAUGACAUCAGAACCAAAAAAAACCCUACCAUGAUACAAAUCAUCGACACGCCAAAAAACGUGGCUAAUGGAUUUGGUUCAGUUUUUAUGAUGGAUGAUGCAAUGACGGAAGGGCCAGAGUUAAGUUCAAAGCAGAUUGGAAGAGCUCAAGGGCUAAUAGGUCUUUCAUCACUUCAUGAUAUUGCUGAGUGUAUGUUGAUAAAUUUAGUUUUUGAUGAAGGGAGUUAUGCUGGAAGCACUCUAAGCAUGUUGGGGAGGAACCCUAUUUCAAAGCAAAAUAGAGAAACAAGUAUUGUUGGUGGAACUGGUGUUUUUAGGUUUGCUAGAGGCUUUGCUAUUGCAAAUAGUGUGAACUCCAUUUCUACACCUCAACAUUAUAUUGUUGAGUAUAACAUUACUGUUUCUCAUCCCUAGAAUGUUACUAUUGCAUGUGUCUACUAGUACUAGAAUAUUACUAGUGCAUGCAGUGCAUGUGUCUCCUAGAAUGUUACUAUUGCACGUGUCUAUUACUACUAGAAUAUUACUAGUGGAUGUGUCUACUACUAAUAGUAGUUUAGAAACUUUGCAUGUUUGUUUUUCUUGUUUUGUUUGCUGCAUGUGUCCUUUUCUUAUCUAUUAUGAAUGACAAGUACUAGUUGACAAAUAUAUUUUGUCUUCAU